GCGUGCGCCCCAUGAGCGCCACUUGAACUUCACACGUGAAGUUCAAGUUAUGAAAUUGGCCAGCAUUGCUGGCCCAUAUGUACCGGUUGGGUGGUGGUUUAAUUGAACUUGAAGUUGAACUUGAAGUUGAAGAGGAAGGACCAGCUAUGUUUAUUUUCAUGUACAGUUUUCAGCGCAAACCAGAGCCUGAGGGGAGCAAAGGUCACAGCAUUCACAAUCACAUAGGCACUUUACCUGAGGUUGCUUAAAGCGCUGCUGUGCACAAAAGCUCAUGCCGCAACAGAAGAGCUGCCUGGAUUCAAAGAAAGCUGGCAGCAACCCUUCAGAUUUUGACUUGAAACAUCUCUGCAGCUUGCAAGGAUAAACACUACUAUCUCUGCAUUGUGCAAGACUUUUUUGCCUUUCCUGUUUGGACUGACCAGACACGACGUAUUAGUGCAAAUUUUGUACAGAUUUCUGAUCCUCGCCUAAGCAAGCUAUGUCUUCAACUGAAAGAGGCGACCAGAAUGACCAGGGACGUAUCGAGCAAAUCAGGGAAUGGCUGACCGAGCACAAGUUGCAAGCAGUCGGCACCAUUUGGGCGACUGGGGUGGCUGGAUCUCUCAUCUAUAACUUGCGAAAAUCGCCUCACUUGUCUCCAAGUGUCAAGCUGAUACAUGCAAGGCUCCACGCUCAAGCUUUGACACUCGCAGCCCUGGUUGGAGCCGCCACGAUAGAGUGGUGGGAGCACAGGACGGGAAAGAAAGCUGAAAGGUACCACGACAGCCUGGACAUCUGAUUCAAGAUUCAUUCAUCCGCCGGGAACGGGUGUAUUACCUUACACUUGCAACUUCAGUGUCAUGCCGCAACCACUUAUGAAGCUGGCUCAGCAUCGGCUCCCGGUUCUUUGUAUAGUCUCUAAAGACAGAUAUUGAUCAUUGGGUUACAGAAGUGUGGCCCCUUUCAAGUGACCAGAGGGUAGGCUUGAGAAUCUUCUUGUCUCCAUAUACGAGUCGAAGUGUUCGCUUUUCGCUUGUGCUUAUAGCGUUUGAUCAAAGGCGAUGUCCGGGUCUCAUGGCCGAUGGAACCGAUUCAAAGACUAGAUUUUGGCAUAGAAAUAUCACAUGGCAGUCGAGAGCGUGGGGGUGCAUUUGUUGAGAAACUUAAGACGGGUAGAUCGAAGAAUUAUAAAGAACUGUGGUCGUUUGGAGUGUCCGAACAGGCCGUAGCCUACAACUUGAUUCCAGCGUGCAUCCGGACUGCAUGUAGUCGCAGUUUGUGCCAUGAUGUUCUCUUUGCAAAACGCAUGAUUGAUCAUGCGUUUUGCAAACCGUACUUUGAUAAGUCCCUUGUUCGUCCUUCAAGGGGACUGUCUUCCAGUUCGUUGAUGCUUAUAACGGUAAUUAGGAU